GGAGGGUCUCUUUGUAUAAUUCUUGAAAAUUUGGGGGGUUUUUGCCUUUUGGGCGUGGCUUCUUGUCCAAGCCAGCCGGCGGCGAAAAUCUCUUCUGCAGCUUCUGCAAUCCGAGAGCGAAGAGCAGCAGGCGGAGGCGAGAGGAUGGUGGGGACGGAUCUGAAGGCGGAGACGAUGAAGCUGAUGGAGAAGCGGACCGCCGUCGAGGCCGAGAUGAACGUCAUCAUCGAACGCCUCACCCAGCCCGGCGGCCCCGGUCUCUCCGGCAACCUCGUCGAUUCCGAGGGGUUUCCUCGUACGGAUAUUGACAUCCCGGUGGUGCGAGCGGAGCGUCGCCGUCUCUCCGAGCUUCGAAAUGACCAUAAAGAGAUCACUGAUAAACUUAAUGAGAAUAUACAAGUCCUUCAUUCGGCUAGGCUUGCUCCCAGGUCGGCACCAGCUAAGGGUUCUGGCGAUGCUGUGGGAUUGGAUCUUAGAAACACAUCACAUGUUGACGCUACAGGAUCAGAAUCCUCGCGUAAUAUCAUACAAAGAGAUACUCCCAGUGACAUGGAUGUUGAUGUGAUAGUCAGUAGACCCUUUGCAGUAGUUGAUGAAAUAGCUGAUGGUUCACCAGCAGCAGAGGAUGGUUUGCAGCUGGGUGAUCAGAUUGUGAAAUUUGGGAAUGUUGAAUCUGGGGAUGAUUUGCUCCAACGACUUUCUUCUGAAGCUCAGGCAAGUCAAGGCCAUGCUUUAACUUUGGUCGCUAUGAGGCAAGGUGCACUCAUCAACUUAACAGUGACUCCCAGAACAUGGCAUGGCAGAGGCUUACUUGGGUGCCAUUUUCGGAUCUUGUGACAUUCUUUGUCUGCAAGUACUCCCAUAGAGGUAUCUAACGAGGUGCAAGGUGCUUCAAAGGAUGUUCUGCCUUGAAAUUCUGUUCUCUUUUUGUUGCCAAAGCAUUCCAUUUACUUAUGAAGUUAAUGUACUGUUUAAUUAAUAUGAUGGACAGAGUUCUCUCUGGGACUGUACUGCAGAUAUUCAACCAUUUACUUGUCCGGUUUUGUUCCUGUCGAUUCGGUAGUCACUUAUUGUCUGCGCUGUGACAUUUUUCCUUUGGGGUUUAUUUUCCAGAAGCUGAAGCACUUGAUUUUGUCUA